GCUUUACGACAUUGAGGUAUUGGUUGAAUGAAGGGGAGCAAUGAAAUGAAACAUAUAAUUCGUUUCCCUUUGGACUGUUGAAAAAUUACUUCACACAGAACAGACCAUGGUAGUCAAACUCUACACGUAUUAAUAAAUACAUAAAGGACUUAAAGUAAGACCUUCAAGCACCAGCCCACGUAACCAUGGCAACAAUGAGAGAGAUCGGGUGUGUACUAGGUUGUCUCAUCCUCUUGGACGCCAUUAUGUUAUCAGACAGCAAUAAAACAAACUCACCCUCGCCAUCAUCACCACAUAAAAGAACAUCAGCCGAAGAAUUUGAGCAGUCUACCAUGGCUGAGAUAACCACAACCACGUCGACUAGUACCACUGCCAGUACCACCACCACCACCACCACCACCAUCAAACCGGAAGUGACGAUGAUAGUUCUAAAUAUAUCAUUACCAAACGGAGAAAUGAAGGUGGUAUUUGAUAAUACAAGUUUUUUACAGUUGAUAACUUGUAUGACGUGCAUCCAGUACAACCACUGCCAAAUAAACCUAGACAACAACCACGUGACGUCCGUCAUCUCCAGGACCGAUGACGGGAACGUCCAACACGACGACGGCUUUAGCUGCAGCCAGACACCAUACGACAACAUCGUCUGUCGCAGCCUGGCGCCUACUGAUGCCCCAUGUGAUGAAGAGGAGCAGACGUCAAGCAGCACGACGCAGACGUGCAGCCAGCUGCUGGAUAUCGUAUUUGGGAAAAAUAACAUCCAGGUUAUCAAAAUAAACCCCAACAUUGAUGCAUUCUCGUGUAGAGAUAUUUGCGGGAAUUACGAUGACGACGAUAAAGAAGACGAUGAUGAACACAAAAAAUGCACGAGUUUGAAAAAGGAAAUUCCGUUGAUACAGAAACCGGAAAUUAUAUUCGUUAUUAUUUUAGGAGCUGUUGUUUUUGUUGCCGUUGUUGCUGGUGUGUUGGUGUGGAGGAUGUGUGUUAAACGUCGCAGACCUGCGGAACGACCGGAAACAGAAUCGCAAUCGACUUCCGUGUCAGAGGGUAUGGAUGUCAGAAUGCGAGCCAACAAGCCACAAAACAGGAAGCUUUUUAAAUCAUCAGUCUCUAAAGAAAAACUACUUGUCAACCCUCUUCAACCAAUUCAAGCAACCCGUAAUAAACGCAAAGACAAUAAAAAACCUGAAAACACUUUACCUGAGAUUCAAUUCGAAGAACCCACCUACGACUUCAUCGACGAUCACAUGUCACCCGUCCCGGACACCUACACCCACUUGGACACAUCAACACAGUACAACCACCACUACAACCCCGUCACUCGCAGACCGGACCCAAACCUGCUGCCACAGCUUCCUCUCCCCACCUGCCCUAAAGCCGAGACCCUACCCUACUACUCUACCGCCUCUACCUGUCUAACCGGCCCAUCUUACACUGACCCUGACGCGGUCAGUGGUCAGUAUAUUGAGAUCAUCUCUGACAAUCAGGCAGUGUCUGGCGCUACUGCUGCCAACAACGGCGACAACUGCCUUGUCGAGGACAACAACACACCAGGACAUCCAUACUUCGAACUGGAAGCGGAAGGUCCGCACUACUCAUCUUCAAAUAUCAUAACUUCUGAUGGUUAAAAUAUACUAUCAUAACCACAUGAUCUGUGAAAGAUGUACACAUUUUGUGAUUUUAUACUUAUCAGGAGAUGACCUUUGCUGAUAACGAACGUAGUAUUCAACAUCAGAAAAAAAAGUUAACAUUGAACAAUGUGGCUCAUAUUCAGCGCAUCAAACAUCAAAUGACUUGGUUUUAACACAAACUAACGCCUAAUCAUUUUCAUAUCUGAAACACAACUUUAAACAAGACAUUUUUUUUCUGUAUUGAAACCAAAAAAAAGUGUAUUAAUGUUUAAUUAUCACUGACUAGCAUAACAAACUUUAUAUUUUUCAGCCGUGUUAAAUAAGUAAAAGAAUUUUAACUUUUUAUUUCUUAUGUUUUUUAAAAAAAAUAACCUAUAAUAACAUAUGUAAGCUAAUUUGAUAUUUCCAAAAUGUGUAUUUUAAUGCAUUCCUCUCCGAAUCAAUAGCGUUUUGAAUUCGGAGAAACUAGAAAACAUCGAAUCAGAAUCAUUACUUCUACGAGAACAUAUUUAUUCUAAAACAAUCACAUAGUUAUGUAAUAAAAACAUACACUGUUGAUGUUUAGUAUGUUUUUGUAACCCACUGAUAUUGUUCCCACAGAUGUAUUCUAUAUGUUUUGGAUAUAUGUAUUUCUACACUACCCAUACACAAGUGUCGCGUCUCAGGGUAAUGCACUCGUUACAAGAUAUUUAAUUGUAAUAAACUAUCAACUAUAUAUAAGGCGCUGGAUGCCUUUCAGGUGAAAGUAAAUAUAUGCUACACGUUUGGCGACCUUUAAAAAAGAUUAUAUUCGUAAAAGUUGAGCGAAUUUUUCCCAGUCAUUAGGCGCUUACUCUCCAUUUAUUUUCACAACACAAAAUACAGGCUCUUUUCUGAGCAAAUAGCCCUAAUCGAUAUUAAUACUUGAAUUUCUAGGGGUGUAAAGUAAUAUGCUUAUUAUAUACAUUUUGAUUUAUAUAAUAUUAUUGUACUAUGUUGUCAAAAACAUAUAUGCAAAUAAACACAUACAAUAAAAUAGAGUGGAUUAGACCACACAUUUUCACACACACGCACACAGACAGACACGCACGCAUGUUCGUAUACCAACACGCAAACACUCAUUUAUUUCAGCGAGAUUAUUGAUGUGUAAACAUAUGACGCACAUAUUUAAUAACUAGUACGUUUAUUUUUUUUUCAUGCAAUUAUUUCUACGUUUCUAUUUUAAUACAUGUAAUAACCUGUUUCAAUAAUUGUACAUUUUCAUAGACGUAAAUCCAUUGUAACGACGCAUGUUCAUGUAUUAAAUAAUUUUUAAAUAAUUUUUUAACAAGUUACCAUGUCUGUAAUUACAGAGUGGGAACCUUUAAUUAUUUGCGUUCAUCACAGUAAAACAGGGAGACCACCCAUUUUAAAAUGCAUAUUAUUUUUAAUGCAUUAUAUUACUUGAAAUACAAAUUAUCUGGCAAUCUUUAAGAAAUUUAUUUUUGGUUGUGUAAAUAAUGAGAAUUCAUUGUAAAAAUCUGAGAGUAAUAUAAACUGUACUGAAAUAUUAGUUCAUCGAUAUUGUUAUUUAAGCUGUAAUUACUGUACAAUAUUAAA